AUGCAUAAAUCAGGUAAAAGAUAUUCGGAAACCGCUGCAAAGGUUGCUGCUGGUAGAGCCAGAAAGAGAAAGCAAGCCUAUGAAAAGGAAAGAGCUGAAAGGGAAAAGGCUGCAGAGGAAGAAGCUAAGAAAUGGGAACAAGGUGCUCGUGAACCAAAUCAAAAGAAGCUAUUAGAAGACAAAAAAAGCAAGAGAAGUUAA